CUUGCCCCUUUGUCCUGUCUGAGAACUCUCUGCCUUAGUUUCCUCUGUGUGUCACCAACCAUGGGUCUCUGCGUGCUGUGGCUGUCCGCUGUCCUACUGGUAUUACCAGCCCUAAUAUCAGCAUAUCGUGUGACCGGGAUGGUGGGAGAAAGUUUGGUUUUGCCCUGCCCAUUCCCAGCCAGCAAAAACCCAACCAACUUAUGUUGGGGGCGCGGCAGCUGCUCAGCUCUGGGCUGUAACAGCCCCAUCACCAAAGUAGAGGCCAACCAAGUGACCUGGAGAAAAUCGGAAAGGUACCAGCUGAAAGGGAACCUGGGAGAUGGUGAUGCAUCAAUAGAGACCAACGAUGUCAGCCUGGAUGACAGUGGCACCUACUGUUGCCGAGUGAAGACCUCAGAGUAUGACCUGAAGAGGGAGAUAAGCGUGGAGAUACAACAUCCUUUAAAAGAUAAUCUUGUGCGGGGACCAGUGGAUAGUAUUUUGAGCUUGCCCUGCAAGUACUCCGCUAAGGAAGGCAAGAGUCCCAUGUGCUGGGGGCGAGGCAGCUGUGGGUUCACAGGUUGCCCCAAUAAGGUCCUCAGUACUGAUGGAGACAAAGUAACCUGGAGUGAAUCGGACAGAUAUGAGUUACGAGGAAAUCUAAUGGAGGGGGAUGUCUCGCUGACAUUAAAUGGCGUGUUCAAGGAAGAUGAAGGGACAUACUGCUGCAGGGUGGAGAUCCCAGGGCCGUUCAAUGACGUGAAGAAAGAUGUCCAGCUGAAAGUUGAAGAUGUGAAUCUGGUGAGGGGAUCUCUGGGUGAUAAACUGACGUUGCCCUGCUCUUACGCCACUGAUUCCGGACCACGCUCGAUGUGCUGGGGACGAGGACAUUGUGGAGUACUUAGCUGCCGCAAUGAUGUUCUUAAGACAGAUGGUGAUGCAGUAACCUGGAGAGAAGAUGAAAGAUUCCAGCUAAAAGAAAACAUAAAGAAGGGCAACGUAUCGCUGACUAUCAAUAAAGUCAAUGAGAAUGAUGGUGGAGUGUACUGCUGCAGAGUGAGAGUCCCAGGAGUAUUCAAUGACAUAAAGAAGGAAGUCCGCCUGGAGAUACACAACACGGAUCAUGUGAAGGUAUUAGCUGGUGACACAGUGAAGUUGCCCUGUUCAUACAAUGUCACUGAAGGUACCACCAAGAUGUGCUGGGGAAAAGGAAGCUGCCCCAGGUAUAAGUGUACAGAUACCCUUGUGUGGACUGACGGUGAAGAGGUAACCUGGACCGAGUCUGGCAGAUACCGCCUGAAGGGAAACCUGGAACAUGGAGACGUGUCACUUUCUAUCAUUGGUGUCUCUAAGGAAGAUGAAGGGACCUACUGUUGCCGAAUGAACAUCCCAGGUCUCUUCAAUGACAUCUUCAAGGAAAUCAGUUUGGAGGUGCAAGAUGAUGGGUUCAAUUCCGGUACUAAAGUGAAAGUUUAAGAAGUCUUGACGCUUUGAUGGCAAAUGACUCACUGAUGUAGGCAAUGAAGACACAAGUGGAAGAGGCAACAGAGAAAAACUUUAAUAUCUAGAUCAUAUUAUUCCGACAUACAGUUAUUUUUCCUAUCGCAUAAAACAAGAAAAAAAAAUUUCUCAAACUCAAUUAAGAAAAGUUUAAUUUUGUUUUCUUGCAAAAGCUGAAUCAAUGUUUCAAUCCUACUGUCCUGACCUAUACAAAAUAAAACAUUAGUAAUGCACCGUGACCUAUGUUGUCACAUAUAUAUU